CAGCCCACGACUACAACUACAACUACAACUACACCUUCUCACACCCCCCUCCGCACGAUAUCCCCUUGAUAACGUUCCCAAAACGACACAAAAACAGCUUUAAACAAGCAUAAAACAACCCCUACAACAAACACCUAUACACAAUAGAAGGGAAAAGAGACGAGAGAGAGAGAGAGAGAGACAGACGAAAAGGCGCAACUUCUCCCCCCUUCCGCAACAAUGCCCUCGCACCACGGCGGUCACGGUGGUGAAGGUCACGGCGGCGGCGGCGGCGGCGUCGCUGAGGUAGUCAAGGACCGCGCCUCCGUCGUCGUCAACGAGAUCUCCCGCGGGCCCGUCAACAACGAGAUCAUCCUCGCGAAUCGAGAACGAGAUAUCGCCGUCGUGCCGCCGGGCGCGCAGGUCAUUAAUGAGGUCACCACCACCGAGGUCUUCCCUGGUCGUCCGGGGUAUGGGUAUGGAUAUGGGCCCGGACCGGCGGGCUACCAGCUCUGUUUGCAGUGUAGGCGUUACUGGCACAACUCCUUCUCCGAAACGGUCUGCUACCGCUGCCGCUCGUCCUACGGCUACCGAGACCGCUUCGACGACCGGUACAGCUACCGAUCGGGGUACAGCUCGAGCUACGGCUACGGGUCGGAGCGGUGCUCCUACUGCGAGCGACUGCGGUUCGAAGGGCCCGGGUACCACGGCGGCGUGAGCAUUUGUAGGGACCGUUAUGGUCGGCCUGCGUUGUGCAGACCGAGAAGGGUGUUGGUUGAGAAAAAGACUGUGAAGAAGUAUUACUACUGAAGGCAUGGAGUCUUUCCCCGUGAUGGAAGGUUGCGUUGCUGAAGCUUUGGGUUCUGGUUGGCUUCUUUCAUCCUUUCUCUUCUCAUCAAUCCCGUUGUAUUCUGG